GCUUUCAUAACAUUAUAUGUAUAAAAAGACACUGCAGACACACGUGCUCAUGCUUCUGCUGAGAACAGCCUGAAGAGACAGCAUACAACAUGAUUUGCCUGACAGGAGUGAUCGUGUUGCUCUUAACAGUGACUGUUGAGGGAAGGGUUGGAAACUCAAGUAGUCCGUCCAGUUUUUGCACAGAGACUAAGGAAUGCUUUCUCUUUGACUUGGUGUGUGUGGGAGAUGGUUAUGAGGUACGCCACUAUGAUGCUGCUAAGUGGGUGACCGCAGAAGCUGAAUCCUAUUUCAUGGAAAUAGCAAUGCCAAGAGCCUUCAGGAAACUUUUCAAAUACAUCACUGGAGAAAAUGAGGCUGGUGCCAAGAUUGACAUGACUGCCCCGGUCCUCAUUAAAGUUAAAGAAAGUGUGAGCAUGUGGCAGUCAUCAGUGUAUGUGAUGAGUUUCCUGCUCCCAUCUGACUACCAGACCAACCCACCCAAACCUACUGAUCCAUCGGUAUACCUUACAGACACCCCUGAUAUGAAUGUGUACGUCAGGAGCUAUGGUGGCUGGAUGAUAUCAGUUGUCUCUAAAUCACAGGCUCAGCGUCUAAAGACAGCACUAGACAAUGUACAGGCAUCCUACGAGACAGAGUAUCACUAUGAUGUCGGCUAUAACAGCCCAAUGAAGAUUGUGAACAGACACAAUGAGGCGUGGUACAUUGUUAAGGGUGAGCCUGUGUGCCCUAAACCUGAAUAAUGUCUCUGUGACUCCUCUGCAACAAGUCUGUAAAAGAGCAACAUAGAGAAGGGAACUGCACUACAUGUUUCCUGUAUGUUUUAAUGCAAUUAGUAGGAGCAAGCUAUACUGCUUGUUUAAAUACUUAAACAUUUGUUUAAAAUGUAAUGUUUUUUUUUUUGUUUGUUUGUUUUUUGUCUAGCUCCAAAGGGUGGUAGUUUGGUGUCAACAUUUGUUUUUAUAAAAAUAAGAAAAAUUCAAAUAAAAAAAAUCAUGCAUUUUAUUUUUUUGCAGUAUAUGGGUCAUAACAUAUGUUAAAUGUUGUUUGAUGCACAUUUAUCUACACAUGAAUAUAUAAGAAAAGUGCAAAUGAGUGAGUAAAUCUGAAUGGUAUUUGAAGCAAAUGUUUUGCUGUAAUUAAAAUCAAUCAAUUAAUACAUAAAUGUAAAAGAUGGGAAAAGAGGAAAAAUAUAAUAAUAAUAAUAAUAAUAAUAAUAAUAAUAAUAAUAAUAAAUAUGUAAAUAAAUGUCAGCACACUGACAUUUAUACAACUGCAUUUCUAAUAACCGCUAUGUUUCAAACUCUUGUUUUUUUUUCCACGUAAAUAAAAAAACAGACUUCAGAGGUCAAAACAUUUGUUUAAUAACUUCAACUUUGUUCAAUAAAUUUAAUGGCAGUUUAAUAACUGCUAUUGUUUAAUAAAAUGUGGACCUUUAACUUCA